AUGUCAAACCAGCAGAUUGCCAUCGUUUCCGUCUACGACAAGACCGGCCUGCUUGACCUUGCCAAGGGUCUUGCCGAGAACAAUGUUCGCAUCCUAGCUUCUGGUGGCACCGCUCGCAUGAUUCGCGAGUCUGGCUUCCCGGUUGAAGAUGUUUCUGCCAUCACCAAAGCCCCCGAGAUGCUCGCAGGCCGGGUGAAGACUCUCCACCCCGCCGUCCAUGCCGGCAUCCUCGCCCGUGACCUUGCUUCCGAUGAGAAGGAUCUCGCCGACCAGAACAUCAACAAAGUUGACUACGUCAUCUGCAACCUUUACCCUUUCAAGGAUACCGUUGCCAAGCCCGGCGUCACCAUUCCCGAGGCCGUUGAGGAAAUUGAUAUUGGUGGUGUUACCCUGAUCCGCGCUGCCGCCAAGAACCACGCUCGUGUCACCAUCCUCACCAACCCUACCGACUACCCCGAGUUCUUGAAGGAACUCAAGGCCGGUAGCAUUUCCGACGCCACCCGUCAGCAGUAUGCCCUUAAGGCUUUUGAGCACACCGCCGACUAUGACGCCGCCAUUUCCCAGUUCUUCCGUCAGCAGUAUGCCUCUGAUGGAACCAAGCUCAUUAACCUGCGCUAUGGCAACAACCCCCACAUGAAGCCCGCUUGUGCAUACGUAACAGAGGGAGAGCUGCCCUUCAAGAUCCUCUGUGGCGGCCCUAGCUCCAUCAACCUUCUUGAUGCGCUCAAUGCUUGGCAGCUCGUCAAGGAGCUCAAGACGGCUCUCAAGAAGCCCGCGGCGGCGAGCUUCAAGCACGUUUCUGCCGGCGCGGCUAUUGGUACUCCACUUACCACUGAAGAGAAGCAAGUCUACUUCGUUGAAGACAUCGAGGGCAUCGAUAACUCUGGCCUCGCUCAAGCCUAUGCUCGCGCCCGCGGUGCGGAUCGAAUGAGCAGUUUCGGCGACAUGAUUGCUCUCAGCGACAUCGUAGACGUCCCUACCGCUAAAAUUAUCUCGAGGGAAGUGUCUGAUGGUGUCGUCGCCCCUGGAUACGAGCCUGCCGCUCUUGAACUUUUGAGGAAGAAGAAGGGUGGCAAGUACCUCGUGCUUGAGAUGGACCCUGCCUACCAGCCCCCGCGCAUGGAGUCCCGCAUCAUCAACGGUGUCACCAUCGCCCAGCCUAGGAACGACGCCGAGAUCACUCCCGCCUCCUUCACUAAUAUCAUCACUCCCAAGGACCUCACCACCCUUCCUGAGGAUGCCCUUAGGGAUCUCACCGUGGCUACUAUCGCCGUCAAGUACACACAGAGCAACUCGGUUUGCUAUGCCGCGCGCGGCCAAUGGAAGAAGGGCACCAAGCGCCCGGAGAAGAGCAACGCCAUUGACCUCCUCGUCAGUGGACAGCUCCCCAAGGAUGGCCCUGAGCGGGAGGGAUUCGAGGCCGUCUUUGAAGAGGUGCCUGCGGCUUUCACCGAUGCCGAGAAGGAGGAAUGGCUUGGAAAGCUUACCGAUGUAGCGAUUUCUAGUGACGCCUUCUUCCCCUUCACCGACAACGUUUACCGCGCGGCAAGGUCCGGCGUCAAAUACAUGGCUGCCCCCGGCGGAAGCCAGAACGAUCAACCCGUCUUCCAGACAGCUGAGCAGCUCGGCAUUACCUUUGUUCAGCAGAACACUCGCCUUUUCCAUCAUUAA